GCUGAAUGGACGUUCUCUCUCUAUCACACACACACUACACACACACAUUCAUGGCUUUCAAUAACCACCUCUUAGUCUGCACAACAUUAGAAUGUGAAACCAUGGAAGAAAUGGUAUAUUCCAUGGAGAAAGCUAAAGAAGAAGGUGCGGAUCUUGUAGAACUUCGCAUGGAUUCCAUGUCCUUUUCCCACAUUUUCGAAAUUGAACAACUCCUAAAACAAAGAACUCUUCCCGUAAUUGUUUCUUUCAGACUUAAUUCGCCAAGGACUUCACGACCAGCAGACUCCAAGAACACAUGCUUGCAAGUUCUGACACUGGCUCUCGAAUUAGAUGUUGAAUUUGUCGAAAUUGAGCUUGAGGUAGCUUCUAAGGUUGGCAUCACAGAGUUUAUGAAGAAGCGUUUGAAUAGCAAGAUAAUUGUAUCCGACCAUGUCAAUGGCGGCAAACCUUCAAGAGAAAAACUUGGUAACCUAAUUGCAUGCCUGCAAUCUACUGGAGCAGAUGUUAUCAAACUACUGAUUGACGUUGAUUAUAUUACAGACAUUGCACCACUUUUUCAUAUGCUCACCCAUUCUCAGGUUACUGUGCAGGUACCACUUAUUGCUACAGCAGUGGGUGAUAGAGGACUCAUAAGCCAACUAUUGGGCCCAAAGUUCGGUGCUUUUUUAGUUUGUGGAUCUCUGGAAGGCAAAUCCAUACCUGGGUUACCGCCUCUGCUCAGCAUCAAACGAGUAUACAAGCUGGAAUACAUAAAUGCAGAUACAAAAGUUUUUGGGCUCAUCUCCAAUCCAGUGGGCCAUAGCAAAGGCCCACUUCUCCAUAAUCCUGCCUUUAGACAUACACGAUACAAUGGAAUUUAUGUUCCAAUGCUUGUUGAUGAUAUCAAGGAAUUCUUUAGGGUCUAUUCUGGCACCGACUUUGCUGGUUUCAGUGUUGGAAUCCCGCAUAAGGAAGCAGCUGUAGAGUGCUGUGAUGAAGUCCAUCCACUUGCUAAGUCCAUAGGAGCUGUAAAUACUAUUGUGAGAAGGCCUACUGAUGGGAAGCUGGUCGGUUAUAAUACAGACUGUGAGGCUUCAAUAACGGCAAUUGAGGAUGCAUUGAGAGAAAGACAAGCUGCCAAUGGGGAAAUAUCACAUGCUUCUCCUCUUGCUGGAAAGGUAUUUGUGUUGGUUGGAGCAGGAGGUGCUGGAAGAGCACUGGCUUUUGGUGCCAAAAGCAGAGGAGCACGGGUCUUUAUUUUCAACCGCAACAAUGAGAGAGCAAAAUCUCUUGCUCUAGCAGUUUCUGGUGAGGCAAUGCCAUAUGAAUGUUUAGACAAAUUUUGCCCUGGGAAUGGAAUGAUCCUUGCAAACGCUUCUUCUGUAGGCAUGCAGCCAAAUUCAAAUCAAACUCCUAUUUCCAAGGAGGCAUUGAGAGCAUAUGAUCUUGUUUUUGAUUCUGUUUACACACCUAGAAACACUCGACUCUUGCAAGAAUCUGCAGAGGUGGGAGCCAUUGUGGUGAGUGGUGUUGAGAUGUUCAUCCGGCAGGCACUUGGUCAAUUCAAAUUGUUCACUGGUGGAUUAGCUCCGGAGGACUUCAUGCGAAAGAUUGUUUUACAACAGUUCUGAUUGUUCCUUCCCACUAGCAUGAGCAGGAUUUGAGAAUGGAAUAACUCUCAUCAAUUUUUAGCUCAUGCAUUCGAGGUCAUGAACAUGUAUUCCAGUCAGUAAAGAUUGUAGAACUGGAUUCAAUUUUUUACUACCUUAGCACUUUUACCUGCUUGCUAUUUUAAGGCCAAAAAGAAAAUAACUGUUCAAAGUGCAACCAGAUUUCAGAGCUUUUAAUAUUGUUGCUAGUUCAUUCUUAAAAGUAAUGAAAUAUUGUUCAUAUUUAAGAUUUCUUUUAAUAUAAAAAACACUGUUUCUUCUA